GCGUCGCCAAGGCCUGGAGCGCGCCGUCGCCGCGUCUCGGACGCGGCACGUCCGGAGCCGUGCGGAGCGGAGCGGAGGGGGCACGUUUGCCGGACCCGGCUGCCCGGCAGCGGCACGAUGAGCCUGGCCCUCAGGAAUGAGCUCUCAGUAGAUAAAACUAAAAAGAAGAAAAGAAGAGAACUGACUGAGGAACAGAAGCAAGAAAUUAAAGAUGCCUUUGAAUUGUUUGAUACAGACAAGGAUAGAGCGAUAAAUUAUCAUGAAUUAAAGGUGGCAAUGAGAGCCUUGGGUUUUGAUGUGAAAAAAGCUGAUGUCCUGAAAAUACUUAAAGAUUAUGAUCGAGAAUCAACAGGCAAGAUCACAUUUGAAGAUUUUAAUGAAGUUGUGACAGAUUGGAUACUGGACAGAGACCCACAAGAAGAAAUACUCAAGGCAUUCAAAUUAUUUGAUGAUGAUGACUCUGGCAAAAUAAGUCUGAGAAAUCUGCGCCGGGUUGCUAGAGAAUUGGGUGAAAAUAUGUCUGAUGAAGAACUGCGGGCUAUGAUUGAAGAAUUUGAUAAGGAUGGAGAUGGAGAAAUCAAUCAAGAAGAAUUUAUUGCUAUUAUGACUGGAGAUAUUUAGCAUUAGAAGAAAAGAAAUUAACUGACCACAAAAGGGAGGAGUUGUUGGCAGCUUCCAUUACAAUAUUUUGUACUUUCAUUUAUUUUGGUAGCUGGAGUGGUGCAGAAAGUUCUUUGUCACAGGACCAAAAUAAAAACCGGUUACAUGCACUGAUAAUUCAGUACUUUGUAUCAUUAAAUGUUAUCACUAGGAUAAUUCAUGUAAUGUUUUAGAAAAAAUAAAUAAUACUGCAUUUCAGAAUGUUUGUUUAACUUUGUAAAAUAGCCUUGUCUCAAAUUUCUAAAUUGUAUCAUAUAAGAACUUUUUGAGCUUCUUGACUUUGUGUUAGCAUUAGUUGUGGCCUUAGUUUUGAUACAUAAGGUUUGAAAAACUUCCAUUUUAAUAAAACAUUCUUUACUAUUA